AUGAUUAAUAUACCGUACAACGUACCCCUGAUGGCACAGAUCGCUCCCAGCCAAAACAUACCAGUGCAAACCAGUCAGAACAAUUUCCAGACGUUCCAACAACCGCAAUCGGUCACGCAACAAAUGCAAACUCAGCCUUCCGCAAAUCCUCAGGAUACGUACAAGCAGCCCUUCUAUCAGCUCCACCAGGCCGACGUGUUUUUCGCGAACCACCAGUACAUCCCCAACGCGCUGCCCCCGAGGAACCCAUACCCAGUUUUCCAAUCCUCGAACGUCCCUCCGCCGCUGCAAACGCAGCCAAACUGUGGCUCCCUGUCGCCGAACAUUCUCGAACAGAUUCGCGGUUGCGUGAGCAACCCAGCUCCCAUAUUUAUCCUGCCUGGCAGCUGUCAUCAGUCCACAAAUCAUCAUCAGCAACCGCCGCCAAUGUGUCCGCCGAGUCAAGGAGGCGUGGCUCACCCGACAGGACAAUCGACAAGCUUCAAUUGCCCACCGUCAAUCUGCUGUCCGCCCUCCUUCUAUCCGUUUCCGAUUCCCCUCCCUAUUUACGAGCCGUUUCCAGGUCAAACGCGUGGCAAGGACAGACACCAAACUUGCGGAUGUUGCCACCGAUACCAGGGAUACACAGUACCGAGGAACUAUCCUCUCAGCUGCUGCUGCAACCUCAACGAGCCUGAGGAGCAUUGCUGUGGACCGACCAACGACGACACCAUCUGCUCCAAACGCAACUGCCCAGCCUCCAUCAGCCUCCAGGCUCUGGCGUCGCAGUUUCUAGCCCUGCCAGGUAUCAUAUCCUGCGCAGCCACGCGACUGAUCCUCAGGAAAGUUCCCGGCUCGAAUAUCACCACCACCAUGGAGGACACGAUGGAAAAGGCGCAGAGGUCCAUCAGCGUGCUGACCAAGGAGCAGCUGCUCGCAGAGUCCAGGAUCGCUCAGCAAGUGAACGCGUUGAUCAAUCUCCACAUGACCACCACGCUGCCUGCGAACAUCGUCCCUCUGCUCACGUUGCUGCAGCUGAAGGUGAACGUUCUGAAGGCGCAGGUCGAGGCUCUCAUCAACAAGAAGGUGAUGGAGUGUCAGGGAUACGGGUUCGAGGUAGAAACCAGCGGGCCGAUAGAUCCAGCAGUGCUCGCCCUGAAAACGAACGCUGAGCUCAGGCAGCUGUUGUCGGCCCUAAGGCAGAAGGAGUGCGACGAGCGUCUCAACGCAAACUUCUCGCCUUAUCAUUCCCAGCGCGUGAUCGCCGAGGCGCGUCUGAACGCCGUCCAAGCAAAGAUACGACAGGUAGAGGCAGAAUUUGAAAACAGAAGAUGCCCUCCGUUGACAGCCCCAACGAUUACAUCGCGCAUCAUCCAGCAGUUCGCCGAGUCCAGAUGCACCUUUGGUUUCGCCCACACGAAUCUAUUCGAACCCUACGUUCAAGAAAACAUCCCCGAAUCGCCAGACCCCUUUGGACCGAGCCCACGCAACCCUAGAAGACUGUACAUACAACCCUAUGUGCCAGAACCGCCAGCACCGCAGAAGAACGAGCAAAACAGAGGGACCAGCACCUCCAAGGACGCUCCGUCCACGUCUCAGGACAAAGGAACGGGCGAAGGAAACGUCGAUGACACCAAAGAUCGAUCGCCAGGUCGGAGAUGCAGCGCGGACAGCUGCAUCUGCGACAGCUCAUCGGAAGAGAGCCUCGAGGAGGGUAAAAAAAAACUUCGACUGAGGAUUGAUCGAGCUGGGCACGUGAGGAUUAGUAGCGUGGCUAAGUUGAGGAACGUGCCACUGAUGAAGCUGGCAGCGAACGUCGUUGCUGUGAUCGACGUGGAAAAGGUAGCCGAAGUGGGCCAGCUUGCGAUUCCUGAUUGCGAUUCUCCUUGGAGUCAGAAUGCUGGAUCGUUGAAAAGCGAGAAGACCUCUUUGGAAGAUUUUAAAGACGAAGAAACGUAUUCGAAGGGGAUUGUAGAAGAUGGAACGAAGGACGCGAAAAGAGAAACCGAGGAGGAGUCAUCACUGAAAGAUGAUGCCGCGGAGUUGCGGUUCGAGUUUGAGGAAGUAAAUGCAGAAUCCGGGAACAACGAGGACGUAAAAGCAUCCGAUCGCGAGGGGGUUUCAAUUAAGAAAGGGGAGUCUGAGGAAAAUGGCGGUAACGAGGCGUCGAAGGAGCUGAGAGAGGGUAUCGAAAAUCCAAGAACCCUAGAAACUGAUGAAAGUGGAAAGGACACCGUUACGAAUGGAUCGAGUAGGAUUAAUCCCAAAGACGACGAAUCGCGUCGGGAAAAUGGCGCGGAGAGAAACGUGAGGAUCGUCGCGAUGGUGACCAAUAUUAAAUACGACAGACGCUUCGGUGAUUUUGAAAGAUGGAUGGUAAUAAACGAGUGCUCCGAUGAGAGGACGAAGGAUCGAUGCGGAAGAAAUGCUGCGAACGAGUCUUUAGGAGAUACUAAGGAGGAAAACGAGACCGAUGGGAAUUAUACGUGUCUUCUUUCAGAAAAGAUCGAUCCCUUGCCGAGGUCUAGUGAUCGAGGGUGCGAACCGAGGGCGAGGAUGACCGCCAAGGACGAAGAAAUGCAUCGGGAGGUUAAAACGAACGCGUACUCAAAGAACACGUACGAGGGCGAAUCAAACUUCGACAUAAAUCGAGUGGAUGGUGAGUAUACCAUGAGUUUUAGCGUUUAA